AUGCACCAGGGACGGCAUCCGGGAGGAGGGGGCCUCCUCGCCCUCGUUUGUGGCCUGGUGGCAGUGGCAGCAGGCUGCGGAGGGACUGGAGAAGCCGGCCUGGCCCACGUGGAGGCUGAAGGAAGUAUAAUAAAUAGCCAGCUCUUUGCAGAGGCUCGAGUGCAUUCAAGACUCAGCUCCAGCCCUGGCCCCGAGGAAGGCCCUGCUGCCGGAGGUGUCCUGGACGUUAAUACUGCUUUACAAGAGGUGCGGAAGCCCGCCCUCACGCAGGAUGGCCCACUACCGGGAAUUCGCAAAAGCUGCCAGAGCCUUCGACAAGGCCAAGCCCAUCUUUGUGUGUUUGCAUCCAACUGUGACGAGCCUGUGUAUGUCCAGUUGGUGGAGGCCCUUUGUGCCGAACACCAAAUCAACCUAAUUAAGGUUGAUGACAACAAGAAACGAGGGGAGAGAGGAGUGCUCUGCAGAACGGACACAGGGGGAGAGCCCCCCGGCAAAGUGCUGGCUUGCAGCUGUGCUAUAGUGAAGGACGACGGCAAAGAGUCUCAGGCCAAGGAUGUCAUGGAGGAGUACUUCAAAUGCGAGAAACGAACAAAUUAA